AUGCCUGAAUUACCAGAAGUAGAAACUGUUCGCCAAAUAUUAAGAGCCGAGAUAAUUGGAAAAAAAUUUCGAAAAGUAGAAAUUUACAAACCAAAAGACGAAACAAAUAAACGAGUGAGCUUAAUUAAAAACAUCAAGGAAAAAUUACUUACCCCAGAGCAAAAGAAAUUAUUUGAAAAGCACAAUAAUGAAAGUGCAAAAGAAACAAUGAGAUUGACUUAUCGUGAUGCUCGCCGAUUUGGGGGCUUUCGUCUACAAAUUUUUGAGGACUAUAAAAAGACGGAGCCUUACAAAAAUAUUGGAAUCGAUUUGCUGGACGAAAAAGUGGACGCUGAAUUAUUAUUCAAGCAUUACCAAAAACGAAAAAUUCCCAUUAAAAAUGCUUUAUUAGAGCAAAAAAUAAUUAGUGGAAUUGGCAAUAUUUACGCUUCGGAAAUACUUUUUGACACUAAAAUCCACCCUUUAAAAAAAACUAACCAACUUACUGAAUUAGAAGUAAAAGAUAUAAUUUGUUCGGCCCAAACUAUUUUGAAAGAGGCUUUAAAAUCAGGAGGAACUUCGGAAUUUGAUUUUGUUAAUCCUUUAAGUAGAGAAGGCUCUUUUCAAAAUAAAUUAAAAGUCUAUAAUCGAAAAGGAAAACCUUGUCAUAACAAUUGUGGAAGUUUAAUUGAAAAAUUAGAAGUUGUCCAAGAAAAGGCCAACGAAAAAAAACUUAAAGAACGAAUUAAUUGGGGAUUGUUUGCUACCUCCUCUGGUUGUUUUCAUUAUUCAGACACUAGGAGCUAG